AUGGGAACUGUAGUCCUGGUGUGCGCGGUGCUGCUGUCCGCUCCUGCCGCAGCCCUGCUCCAGACCCAGCACUUGUCGUCUUAUCACCUGACUGUCCCGCGGCCAAUUGGAGGACGGCAGAGGCGGGGCUUGGACGGAGCGCUGCCCAAUCAGAUAUCGUACGUUAUAAAUGUGGAGGGACAAGACCGUGUAGUGCGCCUCCGCAGGAACACGUUACUGUUGCCUUCAGACUUCACUGUGUUCACCUACAGAGAGGACGGCUCCCUGCUCACCUCCACCCCCAAUGUACAGGAUCACUGCCACUACAGCGGGGAGGUGGAGGGCGUGGAGGGCUCCUCUGUGGCUCUGAGCGUUUGCAGCGGCCUCAGAGGCAUGCUCCAUCUACACAACGACAGUUUUGGAAUCGAACCCUUAAACCCGGAGCCGCAUUCGGAGCAGCAUCUGGUCUACCGUUUACAGGAUGUGACCUCACAGCCCAGGGGGUGUGGCUCCGAUCACCACCACCACAGGAACGCCACGGAGCAUGCUCAGUCCGGAGCAGAGGAGAUCCCCCACAGGCCGCAUACCAGGAUGAGGAGAGCCGUGCUGCAUCAGACGCACUAUGUGGAGCUGCUGCUGGUGGUGGACAACGAGCGGUUCAACUUCAUGAACAGAAAUGACACCGCGGUGCGAGAGGAGAUGGUGACCCUGGCAAACCUCAUAGACAGUAUCUACGUGCAGCUGAACGUGCGCGUGGUGCUGGUGGGACUGGAGAUCUGGACGCAGCAGAACCCCAUCAGCACAGAGGGGGGCGCUGGAGAGGUGCUGAGCCGCUUCACACAGUGGAGAGAGAAGGAGCUGGUGCCACGGCGACGACACGAUUCCGCACAACUCAUCCUGAAGAAGUCGUUUGGAGGAACUGCAGGAAUGGCCUUUGUGUCCACCGUCUGUUCACGGAGUCACGGAGGAGGCAUCAACGCUUUUCCCAAUAACCACGUGGCCUCGUUCGCCUCCAUCGUGGCCCAUGAGCUGGGACACAACCUGGGGAUGAACCACGACGACGGCCGAGAGUGCACCUGCCCCACCCAGGCCUGCAUCAUGAACUCUGGAGCCACUGGCUCUCGAGACUUCAGCAGCUGCAGCGCUGACGACUUUGAGAAGAUGAUUCUGUCUGUGGGCGGCUCCUGUCUGCUUAACAUGCCGCGGCCUGACGACGCCUACAGCGCCCCCUUCUGUGGGAACGGCCUGGUGGACCACGGUGAAGAGUGCGACUGCGGCUCACAGAAGCAGUGUGAGUCAGACCCGUGCUGUGAGUUUGGAACGUGUCGGCUCAGGUCUGGAGCUCAAUGUGCCUUUGGAGAGUGCUGCCGCAGCUGCCAGUUUCUCCCUGGAGGAACCGUGUGCCGCGGUGCUUCUGAUGAGUGUGAUCUGAAAGAGUACUGCAACGGCUCCUCCCCCCUGUGCCAGAGCGACGUCUUCGUACAGAAUGGUCAGCCGUGCAGCAACAGCGAGGCCUACUGCUACAACGGGAAGUGCCAGACGUACGAUGGACAGUGUCGGGCCAUUUUCGGACCCAAGGCAAAAGCUGCUCCUGACAUCUGCUUCAAAGACGUCAACAGUAAAGGAGAUCGCUUUGGAAACUGUGGCUUCUACAACUAUGGCCACAAGAAGUGCGAAAGCAGACACGCUCUCUGUGGGAAAUUGCAGUGCUUGAACGUCCAGUCCACCACAUCAUUCGGGAUUGAACCUUCCAUCAUCUCCACGCCCAUCGGAGGGACAAAGUGCUUUGGGGUGGACUUCAGACUGGGCUCUGACGUCCCAGACCCCGGGAUGGUCCAGGAGGGAACCCGCUGUGGGGAGAACAAGGUGUGUAUGAACUUUGAAUGUCGCAGCGUUGACAUCCUGAACUACGACUGUGACGCGCAGAACAAGUGCCAUGGACACGGGGUGUGUAACAGUAAUAAGAACUGCCACUGUGAGUCCGACUGGGCCCCUCCCUUCUGUGAGUUCAAAGGCUACGGCGGCAGCGUGGACAGCGGCCCCACGUGGAACGAUAAAGACACCUCGCUGAGGGACGGGCUGCUGGUCUUCUUCUUCCUGGUUGUGCCGCUCGUGGCUCUGGGUGCGUUUGUUUUCCUGCGCAGGAAUGAGCUGCUCAGAUGGGUGGGGCUCAACCGGAGAAAGAGGUCCCAGGGAUACACGGCUGAUGGAGCUGCGGUUGCAACAGCCAAUCAGAGCAGAGCGCCUCCUCCCAGAGCUCCGCCUCCUGCCGUUACCCGUGGAAACAACAACAUUGUCAGAAAUGAGCAUCAGACUCAGCUGCUGCCUUCACAUACACAGGUGGUGGAGACCAAAGGAAGCGCUCCGUCCUACUCCAGACCGCCGCCUCCUCCACUGAAACCCAAACCGGCCACUGCAGCUCAGCCAAUGAUGCCUCUACGCCCCGCCCCUCCGCCACCCCAUUAA